AUGCCCCGGGUGAUGCCCGGCAAGCUCGGACUCUCGUUUAGCGGACUUUACAGCGCUGCAGAGCGACAGGUUCAGCAGAUCAAAGACCGCGAGGGAGAGCUGUCGGACAAAGUGAGAGCUGUGAUCGCCGCUAAGUUCCAGGAAGCCGCCAUCGGGCAACUAGAGGAGAAACUCGUGCUUGCCCUCAAGUCUCUCCGGGAGAGGGGGAUAUAUCCGAAUGCGGUCGUCGCCUCGAGUGGAUCCGGAAUGGCGAGUGACCUCUACCUACGAAAUCGGUUCGUCCCUCCCUUCGGCUCUUUUUUCACUCCUGGACGACGUACAGUCUCAGACUGGUUGCUGCUCCUGCUGCUGAGCCGAUACCGGUCCUCUAACCCCCACUCGAGCUGUGAUGAUCGCAUGGGCGGGGAUGAGACGGUUCCCAUCUGGACAGAGCGACGCAUACGACGCGAGACCUAUUGCCGAGUGGGAGAUCGACAGUGA